AUGCCGCCGGAGACAACGGGUGUUAAAGGCUCAGUCGUAAAUAACAACAGAACAGAGUUGCUCAACGGCUUGACUGUGGAAUACCCUAUUGUUGACGACGGGGACCCCAACAGUGACGGAGCGCCGCAACAGGAUCUAGCGAGAGAAUCCGGGAUGGAGGACCCAUUUGCUCAAAUCUCUGCAAACCCUUACCCUAACCCUGACCCGAAGAGCAAAAGGAGAAAGAGGACAAUACGGAGUGUGGCGAGGAGACACGCCGAAGUUUUCGAGCGGAUACCAGUGGGUCAGGCUGGGCCAAGUCUUCUGGAGACCGCGCAGGGAGUGUACAGCUCCAGGGCCGAGUACAGGCGCAGCGGGGAGGAAGGCAAGGGGUCCGGCCAGCGGCAGACUGAGCCCUACCUGGACACCUCCACCUUUGCUUUGGCCGGUGACUCCGCGCACAACCAGGCGAUGGUGCACUGGUCUGGACACAACAGCAGUGUGAUCCUGAUAUUGACCAAGCUGUACGACUUCAAUCUCGGCGCUGUAACCGAAAGCUCAUUAUGGAGAUCCGUGAAUUAUGGAAGCACUUACACAAAAAUGAAUGACAAAAUCCGCUCGAGAACGGUGUUGAGUUAUCUUUAUGUAUGUCCGACCAACAAGAGGAAGAUAAUGCUGCUGAGUGACCCUGAGAUGGAGAGCGCAGUGCUCAUCAGCUCUGAUGAAGGGGCGAGCUUUGAGAAGCACCCCAUUAACUUUUAUAUACAGAGCCUCCUCUUCCACCCGGCUCAGGAGAACUGGAUACUGGCAUUCAGUCACGACAGCAAGUUGUACAGUUCAAUGGACUUUGGAAGGAAGUGGCUUCUCGUGCACGACAACGUAAUGCCGGGCCGAUUCUACUGGGCAGCGGUGGGCUUGGACAAGGACCAGGACGUGGUCCACAUUGAGACUCGUAUCGCUAAAAGCCGAGCCCAGUACGUGCGGUGCCGGGCCCAGCGCUGUACAGAGGCCAAUCGGCAGUACCUGUUCCCUGGGUACGUGGACACCAACUCCCUGGUGGUGCAGGACGAGUACGUCUUCACUCAGGUGACAAAGUCGGGGAGGGCCAGCUAUUACGUGUCCUACAUGAGGGAGCCAUUUAAGCAGAUGCAGCUGCCUAAAUACUGUCUUCCCAAGGACAUGCACAUCAUCAGUACAGACGAGAAGCAGGUAUUUGCUGCAGUGCAGGAGUGGAACCAGAACCACACAUACAGUCUGUACAUCUCGGACUCCCCCGGGGUCUACUUCACCCUCUCCCUGGAGAACCUGAGGACCAGCCGGGGCCCCGCGGGUAACCUGCUUGUGGACUUCUACAAGGUGGAAGGCAUCCAUGGCAUGUACCUGACCAACAAGCUGAUAGACAACCGAGUGAAGACCUUCAUCACAUACGACAAGGGCCAAACCUGGGCCCUUCUACCGGCCCCGACCACGGAUGUGUUGGGCAACAACCUCCACUGCGUACUGCCAUUUUGUUCACUGCAUCUGCAUCUGGAGAUGUCAGAGAACCCCUACACAUCUGGACGCAUCUCCAGCAAAGACUCGGUGCCCGGGAUCGUGAUUGCUACAGGAAAUAUCGGAACGGAGCUGUCCUCCACCAACCUUGGGAUGUUUAUAACAUCUGAUGCGGCCAAUACCUGGAGACAGAUCUUCGAGGAGGAGCACAGCGUUUGGUUCCUGGACAAUGGCGGUGCUUUGCUGGCCGUUCUCCACUCCAACACCCCCCUCCGCCACUUAUGGAUCAGUCUAGAUGAAGGGAAGAAAUGGACUCGGCACAGCUUCUCCCUGGCGCCUCUGUAUGUGGACGGCGUGAUGAUGGAGCCAGAAGCUGAGAACCACAUCAUCACGUUUUUUGGACACUUCAGCCACCGAUCGGAGUGGCAGCUGAUCAAGAUCGACUACAAGGGCAUCUUCAGCCGGCGCUGUAUGGACGGUGAUUACCAGACAUGGCACUUACACAACAAGGCCGAUCCGUGUGUGAUGGGGGAGAAGCAGGUGUACAUGAAGCGCCGGCCUGGUAACCGCUGCAUGCUGACCCAGGACUACUCCAGGAUCUACUCCUCUGAGCCCUGCCCCUGCAGAUCCUACGACUUUGAGUGCGAUUAUGGCUUCGACCGCCAAUCGGACGGGAAAUGUUCCCCUGCCUUCUGGUUUAAUCCCAACACCACCACUAAGAGCUGCAGCACCAGCCAGAGCUUCCUCAACAGCACCGGGUAUCGAAAGGUUUUGUCCAAUAACUGCAAGGAGGGAGGGAGGAGCGUGUUCUCCCCCAGGAGGCAGGCCUGUCAGCCCAGCCCCCCCCGGGGCCUGCGCCUGUCCACCAGCCAGGGGGAGCUGGCUGCGCCCGCCGGGACCAACGUCACCUUCCUGGUGCAGCUGGACCAGGGGGAUUCUCAGAAGACCCACAUCCAGCUGCACUUUGGGGACGGCAUUAAGAUCACAUACUCCAACCUGAGCCGCACCAGCGACGGCAUCAAGCACGUCUACAGCGCCACCGGGAUCUACAGGGUGACCGCGCUCGCCGAGAACAGCCAGGGGUCCGACAGCAGCACGCUGUUCCUACACAUCACCAGUCCAGUGGAGCGUGUUCACCUCUCAGCCCCCAUGGUGGUGAGCAGGCAGAGGGAGGUCAACCUGACCGCCGUGGUGUGGCCCAGCCACUCCAGAACACUCACCUUCUUCUGGUGGUUCGACAACAGCUCCGAGCCCCUGAUAACCUUGGAGGGAACAGUGUCGCACACCUUCCAGAGCGAGGGGACCAGUAAGGUGACAGUGCAGCUGUCCUCCGGGGGAGUCGUCAUCCAGGACUCAAAACGUAUAACCGUCAAAGAGCUCUUCAAGUCACUGCUGCUGUCGUUCUCGCCGGCGCUCGACGACCACAACCCGGACAUCGGAGAGUGGAGGGCUGACGUGGGGCGGGUGGUCCGGAGGGCCCUGGCUCAGGCGUCCGGCUUCCCAGCGGACCGGCUCCUGGUGUCGCUGUACCCUGGCCUCCCGACUGUAGGGGAGCUGUUCAUUCUGCCUGACACGCACACGCAGUCUGAGCACAAGAAGAGCACACAGGAAGCGCUGGAGAGGGUGUCUGACACGUUCAUCAACGUCCUGAACCAAGGCUUGAUCCAGUUUGAGCUGAAGCCUGAAGUACGCAUCAUUGUGUACAUGACGCAACAAACACUGGCGCCUCAUGUGGAUCCGGGGUCCAUCCACAGUGGGCCCGCCCUGCUCAUGCUGCUGUCGGUGGUGUCCGUGGGCCUCGCAGCGUUCUUCAUCUACAAGUUUAAAAGGAAAAUCCCCUGGAUUCACGUGCAGGCCGAAGACAGCCAGGAGAAGGACCCGGAAGUGAUCAGCACGGUGGGUCAGAACGACAGCAUGUCAAAGGUCAAGCUCAGCGAGUUCCCCUCCCAGAAGGACCUCCUGGAGAAAGAACUGGAGAUAAGGAGCAGAGGAGGAAUGGGAAGAAACAUGGAGAGAGUAAUCACAAGGGAGUUUCCGAACUGCACUAACGUCUGAUGUGGUCGUAGUCGAGAGUAAGUACAGGGUGGUUGGUGUAGUGAUCGGGAUGAAUGAUGUUUCGCUUUUACAGAACGUGUUCAUCAAACACUGUUUUCUGCAUUGGGACGCCACUUUUGACAUUCAUUCAUAGAAUAUCAUGAAUAUUAUUAUCGUGACGAAGAAACAAGUAUUCUACAAAGCUGGACUUUAAACGUGUAAAUACGUCGAACGAAAAAGAUAUGUAGUUACAUGUGUUAUUAUUAUAAAGUGAUCUUUGACGGAAGAAUUUUACGACACAAACAAGAUAAGGGAAUUGGGGAAUUGGCGAAUGUAUGUGGCACCCUUUUGGAUUUCCAGAAACGUGUGGCUAUAUAUCAUAUAAACUGAUA